CAACAGAGAAGAUCCUUGACUAAGAAAAUUCUAGAGAGAAUCUCAAUUGAAUACUCCUCGCGUCGCCUCCUUCUCAAAACCCAUUGGACGAGAAAGCCCCUCUGACUUUCUCCUCCAAUGGGUUUUGAGAAAAAGCCGGUAGGAUGUAAUUGAUAUUAUCCCCUACUAGACUCUGCUAGCUAGCUAGUUAGCUGUUGACUGAUGUUAUUUUUGAGUUCCAGGAAUCAACGGAGACGCUCAUAAAAUCUAGCUAACCAUUGCUUAGUUUACUAAAUUGACUAGCUAGCUACGCACAAUUUCAUCGUAAUAGGAAUUGCAUAGACAUUUGCAAGCUAGCUACAUUAGCCAGCAUAACAUGUAUGUCGUAGUAAAUUAUACACGAAAGUUACAGACCCUAGCAUUUAAUCUAGGGCCUUCGUGCUACCGCCAAUGUGUCACAGGAGUUUCCAUAACGUCGCAGGACCGAAAAUCCAAGCAAAACUUUAGCUGCUUUCGUUGGACUCAUCUGAUAACUUUAGUACAUCAAUACAGUACCCGAAUUAGCAACUCUAAGGUGCCCAGGGUAGCAACAUGGGAGCCUGUAUUGGAGAACCAGCUACCCCCACCUUGCCAAGUUCCUGUAGACCUUGUUGACAAAUUGGAGAGACUAGCCCUGGUGGAUUUCCGCAACAAGGAGGGGCUGGCCUGUCUGGAGAAAGCCAUCCGAUUUGCAGAUCAGCUCCAUGUUGUUGACACAGAUGGGGUUGACCCAAUGGAUUCAGUUCUGGAGGAAAGGGCACUGUAUCUGAGGGAGGAUGCCGUGGCAGAGGGGAACUGUGCAGAGGAACUGCUCCAGCUCUCCAAAAACACAGUGGAGGAGUACUUUGUGGCACCGCCAGGUAACAUUCCACUACCGAAGAGAGAGGAGAGAGCUGCCAUGUUGAAGCACUCAGAGUUCUGAGUCAAAGUAUGUGCUCUGACUUUGCUGAUAGCUAAAUUUGACUGUGGUUUUCCCACCCAUGUAUCUUAAGAUGAAUGCACUAAGGCGCUCUGGAUAAGAGCGUUCGCUAAAUUACUGAAAUGUAAAUUAAUGACUGGAUACUGUAUUUAAUUUGAAAGAGACCUCUGCAAGGAAAUGCAUGGCUAAAUGAUAAAGACUGACCAACCAUCAAGAGGGUCAGGGCUUGGCAUGUAUUAAGGCACCUUCAAACCAGACAAACUGAAGCUAAAUCAAAGAAAGAUCAUCCAGUGUUGUUGAUCUGUGUGUGUCCUCCCUUAUGUAUGCACUGUAUUCUCUGAACAUUAUGUAGUGUCAUUAUGUUGAAAAAGCAGAAAACCAUAACUCCCAAUGGUACAUACUUUGUGGGUGCUCUGCAAAUGAUUAUUAAGGACUAAAGAGGCAACCAAUGAAUGUACAAUUCAUGCAUUCGGGAACUAAAACAAAUAAACAUACUAAGAGUCCUCA